UGAAGCCCCGUAUGCUGCAAGAAUCAGUGUUGCCAAUCGAGGUUGCAACGUUUCAAAUGCAACUGAUCAGCAUACCAUUCAAAAUUUGAAUUUUCAACAUGACGAGUUUGUAACUUUAGUGCCCCUUGGAGAAGAAAAUGAAAUUCAGGGUAUGUGUAAUUCAGGUUUUGUUCCACAAGAUAGUACAAUUUAAAUUAUUCUCCAUAUGUUGCUUAAUUAUCUCAUAACGGUUUAUUUAAACCAGGAUGCAGUGCAUGACAGCAACGGUCUGGUUUCUUUUGCAGAAAUAGAGAACAACACGACAGCUAGUAUUGCAAAAUUAUCCAAUACUCUUGGUAAUUUGGAUGAGACACAUUGUUCUUGCUCUAAACAUAGCGCAAAGAGAGUUUGGGAAGCAUCACUUUCUUCCCUGAAGUCAAAGAAAGUAAAAGGAGUCAAUCUGGACCAUUUCCAUUCCCACUCUAACAAAAAUCUUGAUCCUAAAAGUGAUGUAUACGAUACCUGCUCUCCAGGAUGCUCUUUAGCCAAUUCAAAGCAUGAGAUUUUAUCAAGUAUUUAUCCUAAAAAUCCAACCAAUCAGUGUACACAAAAUUUCUGUCAAGAAUUUGGAAGUGUAAAUGUGGCAUCAGAGGACCUCAAUUCUGAAGAGAACACAUUAGGAAAAUCAUUUAAAAUUAUGCUGAUGAACAUUGCAGACGAAACUAAGAAAACUCAGCUCAUGAAGAGCUUGGAUUUUCUCCUCCAGUUGGUUAAAGGAAACCUAACGGGAAGGCAGAUUUGUUGACGAGUUGCCUUACAUACUAAAUGAUGAUGACUACAUAUCGAAGUAUCGAGCCAGCCUAAAAGCUGCAGUUCUCAGGGCAAAAGCAUGUUCUUGAGCUUUAUUUGAAGGGUAUGAUGUUUGCAUAUCAGCUCACGCUCAACCACCACCUAAAACUCUAUCCCUGAUAGUCAAGUCAACCGGUGGAAAUGUAAGUUCUCUGUUAUUGUACAAAUCUCGAGUACUAGGUUUGGUUCUCUAUAUUACAUAUACAACCACUAUAAUAUGGCUAUCCUCCCAUCUAAUGAAGACGUGAAGUUCUCAACAAACAAGCACGUAUACGAAUUCUAGACAUGGGUCAAUAAAUCAUAGACAUGGUGACGUGUCAUUUUUUUCUAAAAAAUAUAGGAUAGUGCUAGAACACAGUUUUAAUAUAUAUAAUUUAAAAAGUAUGUAUCAUAUUUAUAUAGAAAUUCAAAGUCAAUAAGUUUAUGUAUUUAUAUGCUUAAAAAUAAGCUUGUCCUUCACUCAAAACUUAUUCAAAGCCAAGAGUUUAAUAUGUGUGUGUGACCAAUCUUGACCUUUAUUGCAUUGGAAUACUUGUUGUCUAACACAUCUACUGUACUAACUAGUGUUCAACACGUGUUCUCCGAGUGUUCCAUACAUAUUGUUUAUUGAUACACUAGCCAAACUAGAGUGUAUGUGCUUCUUAAGUCUUUAAUAUUUAUGUUUGUUUUGAUCCUAGGAAUUGAGCAUGUAAUGUAAAAAGUCUAUGCACAAGGGGUCAUAUGGCCAUCUCCGUGUUUCUUUAAUUAUCAAAUUUGUUCAAGUUUUUAA